UUGCUGUGUGGCGGCCCCGGGGAGGAAGACGCUGAGGCCGGGGGCGGCCAUGGCCAGAACCACGAGCCAGAUAUACGAUGCCGUCCCCAUCCAGCCGGGCGUGGUGCUGCGCCCCUGCCCCUCCCCAUCCAUGGUGAGAGCGCCGAGCGACGCCGCCCGCCAGGGAGCCGGCAUGGACGGCGCCGCCACCGCCGAGCCCCGGCCCGGCCCCCUCCCCCAGGCCCCGGGGCAGCCCCCGCAGCCGUCCCAGCAGCCGCGCAAGAAGCGGCCCGAGGACUUCAAGUUCGGGAAGAUCCUCGGCGAGGGGUCCUUCUCCACCGUCGUCUUGGCUCGAGAACUGGCAACCUCAAGAGAAUAUGCCAUUAAAAUUCUAGAGAAGCGCCACAUCAUCAAAGAAAACAAGGUGCCCUAUGUCACCCGCGAGAGAGAUGUAAUGUCCCGCCUGGAUCACCCAUUCUUUGUAAAACUCUACUUUACCUUUCAGGACGACGAGAAGCUCUAUUUUGGCCUCAGCUACGCCAAGAACGGAGAACUGCUUAAAUACAUCCGCAAGAUCGGUUCUUUCGACGAGACGUGCACCCGAUUCUACACCGCCGAAAUCGUCUCGGCCCUAGAGUAUUUGCACGGAAAGGGGAUCAUCCACAGGGACCUGAAACCAGAGAAUAUUUUACUAAACGAAGAUAUGCACAUUCAAAUUACAGACUUCGGAACAGCCAAAGUAUUAUCAGCAGAUAGCAAACAAGCCCGGGCAAACUCAUUCGUGGGAACGGCGCAGUACGUUUCUCCAGAGCUGCUCACGGAGAAGUCGGCCUGUAAAAGUUCAGACCUGUGGGCUCUCGGCUGUAUAAUCUACCAGCUCGUAGCGGGGUUGCCGCCGUUCAGAGCGGGAAAUGAGUAUCUCAUAUUUCAGAAGAUCAUUAAACUGGAGUAUGACUUCCCCGAAAAGUUCUUCCCGAAGGCCAAAGACCUCGUGGAGAAACUUUUGGUCCUCGAUUCCACCAAGCGGCUGGGCUGCGAGGAGAUGGGGGCCUACGGACCCCUGAAGGCCCACCCGUUCUUCGAGUCCUGCAUGUGGGAGGACCUGCACCACCAGACGCCCCCCAAGCUGACCGCCUACCUGCCGGCCAUGUCCGAGGACGACGAGGACUGCUAUGGGAACUACGACAAUCUGCUGAGCCAGUUCGGCGGCCUGCAAGUGUCCUCGUCGGCCCCCGAGGCCGGCCCGCCCCAGCGCUCCGGCAGCAACGUGGACCAGUACAUCCACGGCCUGGACGGCAACGCCUUCGAGCUGGACCUGCAGUUCUCCCAAGACGAGAAGCGGCUACUGCUGGAGAAGCAGGCCGGCGGCAACCCCUGGCACCAGUUUGUAGAAAAUAAUUUAAUACUCAAGAUGGGUCCAGUCGAUAAGCGAAAGGGUCUGUUUGCCCGCCGCCGCCAGCUGCUCCUCACCGAAGGGCCCCACCUGUACUACGUGGAUCCCGUCAACAAAGUCCUCAAGGGGGAGAUCCCGUGGUCGCAGGAGCUGCGGCCCGAAGCCAAGAACUUCAAGACCUUCUUCGUCCACACACCCAACAGGACGUACUACCUGAUGGACCCAAGCGGGAACGCCCACAAAUGGUGCAAAAAGAUCCACGAGGUCUGGCGGCAUCGCUACCAGAGCCACCCUGACGCCGCCGCUCACUAGGAAGGCCCCGGACCCCCUGACCCCCGGCCCCGGACUCCCCCCGCCCCUGGCUGCUAGACCUCUCCGUGAUCGGGCCCCUGCACCGGGCUCCUCCCCCUCCCCCCCGACCGGGCCCCCGGACGAGCCAUCUCAACGGGACCGAAAGCCUCCGUCCCGGUUGUUGCCGGUUUAUUUUGGGUUUUUUGUUUUGUUUUGUUUUUGGUUUUGUUUUUCUUUUUUUAAUUUAAGAAACAGACGAACAUCCGUGGAAUUCAGGGUUGCUUUGCUUGCUCUCUGGGCUUCCGUCGGCUUCCGGCCGCCCGGCGCUGCAGUGAACAUCCCGUUUUGGCGCCCUUCUGCCCGUUCCUGCCGCACGCUGGCACCUAGGACUCGGGGCUCCCGGCUUCUCGGAGGAUCAUGGGAAACAAGUCCGUGCGCACUCGCCCUCCCUCCUCCUCCUCCUCCGUGCUUCCUGUCUUCCUUUUCCUCUUCCAGUCACGUACCGGGCCCUCCCGAUGCAGCUGGACCCAGAUCGAUCUGUGAUCUUUGCGCCUCCGUCACGUCUAAUCGUGGAAAAUGAUUUCUGUCAUGGGGCGGGGGACGACUGCCCCCCGCCUUCCGUGGGCUGACCCCUCUGGGCGUUUUUUCCUCUGUCACGUUCGGUGUGGUUUUUCCCGGCCUCCCUCCCUCCCGGCCUGCCCUCCGGCACACGCCCGGGACGCGGUGGUACCGAGCAGGAUGGUGGGAGCCCGGCGGGUGAGUGGCAGGCCUCUGCGUGAAGCCCUGAUGUUUUCUAAAAUGGAAAAGAUCUCGGUGUCGGAGGGGCACGGAGUUGAAAACUGGUCAUUUCGACCGCCUCGGUCUGGGGCGCCGAAGCCCGCAGCCGGCUUCUGGGCCCCUCAGAGGAGGAGAUGGGCUUUUGGCCCUUCUGGGAGAUGAGGCAGACGAGCUCCGGCUUCCCUCUCGCCGGGGUGGGCCCGACCUCUGGGCGGAGGCGGGAUGAGGGGUCCCGGGCCACCCGGUCCCGAAAUGACCUUUAGAAGGCCUCAGGGCGGAAGGCUGUUAGGUAAAGCAGACGGGGGGGGGGCUGGCGCCACAAAAACCGCGUCCUGAGCGGGGUGGAGCAGAGGGCACUCGGGUUCUAUCUUACACGCUGCCGACUGCAGCGGCGGGGUGGCUAUCAGCGGCCCACAGCCGUCCUCCGGGCCCGAAACCGCGGUCCAACCCCUCCGGUACCUCGGCGGAGAUAACGCUCUUUCCUUGGACUGAUUUCCCAAGAACGGCGGGUACUCCCGGCUGGCUUAAGAGGGGCGGAUAGUCCACCCCCAAUUUCUUUUCUCCUCGCGGAGAAGUUUUCUGUCUGUUUCCAGCCCUCUUCUGAUUCCUAGAGUUCUUUAGGAAGUUGAAGCAGGAGUCGCCGCAAUCAGUAGCCAUCGGCUCCUCGAGCCCAGUGGGACCGGGAUGAGACCACCCCCCGCUCACAGGCCGGCCCUUCGGUGGGCCGGGCGGCAUCCCGGUGUUUCGAUCAGUUGGGCCGGGAGGACUCUUCCCUGCUCCCAAAGGGAAGCUCGGCGUCCCGUCUCCCGGAGGCUCUGAGCCCCUCGCCCACUCCAGCUUCCAGCCCAGCCCCCUUUCUCAAAACGUGGACGGGCCCCAGGCGAAGCAUUUGAGGUUCGAGAGCCUCAGGGUGGGCCUUUCUGGUUCCCCCGGCUCCCAGGGGGAAGGGAGAUGGUUCGAGCCGUGGUACGGGAGCGAUGUCUCAUUGGGAGUAGAGAGUCCCGUCGAUGCCCGGCGUCCUGCUUGGUGAGAGCCCGGCCUCCAGCCGUAGAUCCGAUCGGGAAUCUGCCAAACGUCGUCUGGAUGUUUAUGCCGGGGCUAAAGAAACCGUUUUCUUCCACUUCCCUUAGUCCCACUGGGCGUCCCCACGAUCGAACGCUCCUCUUCGGGGGGCCCCUCUCUUCCCUCCCAGUAGAUAUUUAUUGACAUCCUCCAGGAGCCGGGCACGGUCCCGGAGCUGUGGGAUUCUAGAGCCGGACAUGUUCCCGGAACUGUGCGGUUCCAGAGCCGGGCACAUCCUGGAGCUGCCAGAGUCUAGAGCCGGGCACGGUCCCAAAGCUGCCAGGUUCUAGAUGCAGGAGUGGUCCCGGAGCCGGGCUGGGGUACUGAAGCAGCAGGAAGGUAGGGGCGCCCCGGCUUUAGGCCGCAGCUGAAGGUCCUGGGCUGGGGAGGAGUCGGGAGGACGGGAGAAUCCCUUCUCUUAACUUCUUCCUCCGGGAGGAAGGUUCUUCUUGCCACCCCCCCGGCGGGUCAAGCCUUUUUCUGACUUAGUCUCAGAGAUGCAGCAGGCCCCGUCCCAUCUGCACAAGGGACGUCCACCUGCCCACCGGGCCCAGCCCGCACAGCAGCCCCUUAGGUGUCAGUCCACCUGCCGACAGUCAUCUCUCAUGGGACAUAUACGGGGGGCGUUCUGGGAUUUCGGGGCUCAGACGCGCUGCGGCCUUAGGCCUAGAACCGUGUAUUGUCCAGCGUGAGCCAGAUUUUGCCAGCCGAUUGUUUUUGGAACCGACUUCAGCCCAACCGGUCUAGGCCCUGGGAAUGUUCCAGGCAAAGCGGAGGCUUCCGCGGGGACGUCGGGUGAAGGCACCACCCCCUUUCCAGAGAUGGGUGUGGGCAGGGGGUCUUCGGUUACCGUGCGACCUCCCCUGGUGGGGGGGUGGGUGUCGAGGUCUUUGAGGACUCGUCACCCAGGGGCAGAAGCCAGACCGAGCCCCAGGGCCGGGCUAGGAGAGACGGCCACUUGGGUGGCCACCCUGUUCGCUGGGAGAGGAAAAAAACCUUUGCGAUCCAGUAAUCCCUACCGGUAGCACUCCGAGAGCCAGAGGGAAGGAGCCUGGAGUCAUUUGUUGCCUGAAACCCUGGUUCCCACCCCCUGGCUCUCCGAGCGGGAUGUUAUUCCGGUUCCAUCUGUCUCUUUCCGGGCCGGCAGACUCUUGCGGAGGGUAUAGCCAAAGGAACGGGGUGUUUUGCGCUUUUUUCCCCCCUCUCCGCGCUUCAUCAUUAGCCCCCCAUGGCGGGGUCGGAUCCUCCCAGGCUGGGCCUUGGGAAGAGGCCGUCUUUUAUAGCUCCUCAUUCCAUAUGUCCGAUGGGUCUCAGACAGCCGCACCCCCUGGACCUUGGUGGAAAGUUGUGCCAGGCGGCCGCCGGACUCCCGGCGUUCAUAAUCUCCAACCGGGUCGGGGAACGCUGGAGGAAAGAUCCGAGGUGGAUGCGGGUCAGAGCCAUGCCGACGGAGGAGGGAGUUGGAAGCCGACCGGUUCUCGGGCUCCUUCGGAGGUCAUCCCACCAGACGCCCUCACCUCCUUUAUCUCUAGGCCUAGCUCCAUCAGGGUGGUCAGGGGGGUUCCCGCCCUCCCUCGCCAGCCUCACCCGGGGAACCGGUGGUCGAGCCCGGCCCAUCGGGAAUGAAGCCGCCGGGCCCGGAGACACGCUCCUCCGCCGGGAGAAUACGGUCCUGGACUACCCAGGGGGCGGGCAGGCGGGCACCUCAUUCCGGCCACCAGUGAGGCUUCCCGGGGGCUGCAGCGGGCAGGGCCCCGGGGAGGACCGCGGAGAAAUCAGACCCUCCCGGGCCGGGCCGGAGGACGGGUCCCUGGGCUCCCUGAGGGAGCGACCGGCUCCCUGAGGGUGCUGAGAUCGAGGAGGGCAUGUAGUAAGGGAAGUAGGAAAGGAAGGCGCCCCUCACCCCCAAACCUUGACCCGUUGAUCAAAAGCUUUUUGUCCUGGCACUGGGCCCGUGCUCGGGCCCUUCCUGAAUCGACUUCCGAUUGUAGCGAUGCGAUACAUCUUUCCCCGCCCCGCGUGACCCCAGCCGUCGAUGGCGCCCACUCUCCCUCCCUACCCUCUGCAGGCCCUCAGAGGGCGGGUCCCCACCGCUACCCCCGACUCGGAGAUCCACUGGCUCCGGACGGCUUGCCGAUGGUACUAUUUUUUCCAGACGCUCCCCCCGGGUCUCCGUCUCCCUUCUUUCCGCGCUCGGCCCCGAGAGAGCCGGUGGCUUUUGUGGCGGGCUCUCUCUCUCCCUCUCUCUCCAAGCGUUUCCGUGGCGAGCGUGAGGGACCCUUUUCCUUUGGGCACCUAUUUUCCGGUCACUCACCCAGCACAGCCCCGAGGAGACUCGUUUUCGGUAAGCAUCAGCCAGAGAGCUCCAGCCCAGCUGGGAAGCCCGGGGUGGGGAACAGAAGGCCGGGACUCACCCCCACCCCCACUCCCUCUCUGCCCCGUUAAUUUAUUUCUUCAGUCGCCCAAGAAACCCUAGGCUGCCCUGCACAGCGAACCUAUUUCAGUAUAGGAGGUGGUGGUUUGGGUAGGCAGGACCCCAACGGAUGAUUCCGAGCGGAGGAUUUUAAAACAGGGGCGAGUCGGAUGCGUUUUGGUCAUCCGUUAGCUAGUGGUGCGUUAGAGCCCACGGAUUAUCCUCUACCUGGUUCGUAGCUGUGAAUGGGAUGAACAGGCAAAGCGGAAUGAAAAGAACAACCAACGGGAGACCUUACGGAAACAGAAGCAAAUAAUGCAAGGAUAGGAGGACACACACUUUUGUAUUUUUAUUCUUAUAUGAGGUUAUUUGCCGGCUCUCGUCGGCCCCUAGUUCGGUCUGUGUUAUUUAAAUUCUAAUAUAUGAAUUAUUUGGAUUGGAUUCAUGUUCGGGCCCCGUUGUUGUAUGUAUUGAUGUACAGCCUUGAAUGUGAAUAAUUAUUGUAAACUCUAUUUUACAACUUGUUUUCUGGCUUUGUUAUAUAUAAAUUUUCUAUUUGGUCCAUGA